UGGAAAGCAGAGACACUCGUCCUCUUAUUCCGCCUGCCACGAGAGGGAAAGGAGCCGGUGCUGGAGAGGAGUGUUCUGUGCUGGUCAAAAACUAAGCGCCGCUCUAACUUAGUAAACUGUCAAGUCUUGAACGUCUGACAACAAGAUGUCUAAAGGACCAGCAAUUGGCAUUGAUCUGGGCACCACAUAUUCCUGUGUGGGCAUCUUCCAGCAUGGCAAAGUGGAGAUCAUUGCUAAUGACCAAGGAAACAGGACCACACCCAGCUAUGUGGCCUUCACAGACACUGAGAGGCUGAUUGGAGAUGCCGCGAAGAACCAGGUGGCCAUGAACCCAACCAACACUGUAUUUGAUGCUAAGCGCCUGAUCGGUCGUAAGUUUGACGAUCCUGUAGUGCAGUCAGAUAUGAAGUACUGGCCCUUCAAGGUUGUGAAUGAUGCAACCAAGCCCAAGAUGGAGGUUGAAUACAAGGGGGAGAUCAAGAGCUUCUUCCCCGAGGAGGUUUCCUCGAUGGUCCUCACCAAGAUGAAGGAGAUCUCUGAGGCUUAUCUCGGCAAGGCCGUGAAUAAUGCAGUUAUCACAGUUCCUGCUUACUUCAAUGACUCCCAGCGUCAAGCCACCAAAGAUGCUGGGACCAUUGCUGGCCUGAAUGUGCUGCGCAUCAUCAAUGAACCCACUGCUGCAGCUAUUGCUUAUGGCCUGGACAAAAAGGUUGGCGGUGAACGUAAUGUCCUUAUCUUUGACCUUGGAGGUGGUACUUUUGAUGUGUCAAUCCUGACCAUUGAGGAUGGCAUCUUUGAGGUCAAGUCCACAGCCGGUGACACUCACUUGGGUGGUGAGGACUUCGACAACCGCAUGGUUAACCACUUCAUUGCUGAGUUCAAGCGCAAGUUCAAAAAAGAAAUCAACGACAACAAGCGAGCUGUGCGUCGUCUGCGCACAGCCUGCGAGCGUGCCAAGCGCACCCUGUCCAGCAGCACUCAGGCCAGCAUUGAGAUCGAUUCCCUCUAUGAAGGAGCAGAUUUCUACACUUCCAUCACCAGAGCCCGUUUUGAAGAGCUCAACGCAGACCUGUUCCGUGGAACCCUCGAGCCCGUGGAAAAGGCCCUGAGGGAUGCCAAGAUGGACAAGGGACAGAUCCAUGACAUUGUCCUGGUGGGUGGCUCCACUCGUAUACCCAAGAUUCAAAAGCUGCUGCAGGAUCUUUUCAAUGGACGUGAACUGAAUAAGAGCAUCAACCCGGAUGAGGCUGUGGCUUAUGGUGCAUCUGUGCAAGCAGCCAUUUUGUCUGGUGAUAAGUCUGAGAAUGUACAGGACCUGCUCCUGCUGGAUGUCACACCCCUGUCCCUGGGAAUUGAGACCGCUGGAGGAGUAAUGACUGUCCUUAUCAAAAGGAACACCACUAUCCCCACCAAGCAAACCCAGACCUUUACCACCUAUUCAGACAAUCAGCCUGGUGUACUUAUUCAGGUUUUUGAAGGUGAGAGAGCCAUGACCAAGGACAAUAACAUCUUGGGCAAGUUUGAGCUGACCGGUAUUCCACCUUCUCCCAGAGGAGUCCCUCAGAUUGAAGUGACCUUUGACAUUGAUGCCAAUGGCAUUCUAAAUGUGUCUGCGGUGGACAAAAGCACUGGAAAAGAGAACAAGAUCACCAUCACCAAUGACAAAGGGCGGUUGAGCAAGGAGGACAUUGAGCAAAUGGUGCAGGAGGCUGAGCAGUUCAAGGCUGAGGACGAGAUACAGAGAGAAAAGGUCACAGCCAAGAACUCACUCGAGUCUCUGGCCUUCAACAUGAAGAGCACCGUGGAGGACGAGAAGCUCCAAGACAAGAUCAGCCCUGAGGACAAAAAGACCAUCGUAGAAAAGUGCAACGAAGUCAUUGCCUGGCUCGACAGAAAUCAGACGGCAGAGAAGGAUGAGUACGAUCAUCAGCAGAAGGAACUAGAAAAGGUGUGCAACCCCAUCAUCUCCAAGCUAUACCAGGAUGGGAUGCCAGGUGGGAUGCCAGGAGGGAUGCCAGGUGGGAUGCCAGGAGGGAUGCCAGGUGGGAUGCCUGGAGGAAUGCCAGGAGGAAUGCCUGGAGGUUUCCCUGGUGGAGCUGGAGGCGGCUCCUCCUCUGGCCCUACCAUCGAGGAGGUCGACUAAAAACAAGGCAGACAGUGUCUUCAUCUCAGAUCCCAACAAACGCUUAUUGCCAUUAAAGCUAUAUAGACAAAAUACACAUCUAAUAAACUGAAGAUCAUGGGAUUGUUUUCAUUAACAUUAUGGAUCAAUUAAAAUACUCAGUCACAUAAGAAAUAAUCAAAGUCUGUUUGUUGUCUUCAUUAUUUCUCUCUCAAAUUAUGAUUUACACGAGGUAGACAAAGACAUGCCUUUUUAUCAUUGGUGUUUAAGCAUUUAAUCAAUAAAGAUCACCAAUGGGAUUCUGAUUUGCAUAA